CUCACAUGCUAUAUGGGGUCCAGACUAACCCCUCCAUGAUGUUCGAGAAGACAUCUAUGCCGCCAAACCAGAGUCACGCGAGUCAGACACGAGGGCGGUCAUGUCCGCAUCCAAAUGUCCCGUCGAAGUCAAUACGCCUGUGCGCAAAGUGAGACACACCCCGCAGUGGCUUCAUCUUCUACUUGCUCAAAACUUCGGCCAGUGGCUCGCUCAAAGGACUAUCAGCAGGUCUAUCCUUACCUGCACUGGUUGGCACGUGAAAGAAGGAUACGAACAGUCGACUUGGGCGUGAACCAGGCGAUUUACCUACCUUCUUUCUUCUAUUCAUGUAUAUAUCAUACCGUCUGUAUAUAUAAGCUCAUUUAAUAUCUCAAAAUUUGAACAUAAUCAACAUAAAAUCCAGUCAACAAAAUACGCAAAUCCUGCAAAUUUCCGUCCAUACUACUGUGACCCCCGAACCUCGUAUGCAACUAGAAAGACGCCCGUUCCUAAU